UUGAUUAAAUCUUGUAAAUGUUAAUGGAUUGUUUUAAGCUCUUGGAAAGCUUAGAUAUUUUUGGUCAUGCUGGGUUUUGUAUAGGAAUAGAACGAUGUCAGCUUUUGCAAAAUUCUCUGAUCAUACUGCAGCAAGAAAAUCAUUUUCAAAAAUGUUAUUAUUGGGGAAGAAUUAAUGGGAUUAAUAAUGAUUAUUAUAUAGCUUAUGGAUAUAAAAAAGAAUGUUUAGAAGGACAAACCUACUUUUACAGUAUCGACUGCUUAAAUUGGUUAUUGAUGCCAGAGCCAAGUAAAUGUGCUAUUUUAUUAACUUCUCUAACUGUUUCUGAUUUUCAAGGGGAUCCGUCUGUAAGUGUAAAUGCUUAUGAUGCCAAUCCUCCAUAUCCACCGCAUGAAAAUCCUCAACAUUUUCGUGAUGAAUCGGUGAAAAAAUAUUUGAUGGAAGAAGAUCGUUUGGCUGCUACAGUUUAUUUAAUUAACAACGAUGCUGCUGUAGUUCCCCGAGGAAGUUGGCUUAAAACUAUAGACGGACAAAUAAUUGAAAAUUCAAGUUUUUGCGGUUUAGAAUCAAAUGAAACGUCGCAAUUGAAAUCAUACUUGCACGCAAGACUGCCACAAAAUACUUGGAACACUAAUUUACUUUCAAGACAAGAUUAUGAUUAUGCUUUGGACUUUUUGGAUACUCUCGAUGAAGAUGUUCCUUCAGAGUGUUGGAGUCUACAAUUUAAGCAAAGUGGACGUUUAAUUUUAUUACAUAGUAUGUAUUGGCCGGGUAUGACGUUUUUCCAUAAAGCAAAUACACCCCAUUACGGCUUUCUAUAUAUUGGAAAUGGAAAGAAAAAUAUAGAUAUCCCAUUUAUGUUAUAAAUAACAAUAUAUUGAAUGA